AUGAUUGGUGAUAGUAGUAAUAUCCUAUCGCUUAGAGCAAGAGCUUUAAGUAAACUUGCGAAUACCUAUGCCAAUACACCGACCAUUAAAAAAUCUGAAAAGACUCAAGAAGUUACACCUAAUACAGUUGGAAACAAUUUGGAUAUAAUUACACGUUCCCUUCCUAUUUUCUAUUCAUCCGAUACAUCAAGAAUAUAUACAAUUCCACUUACUUUGAAUGAAUGGGAAAUCAUUCUAGCCAUCAGUGGUACAGUUCCAAAUGUCGAAUCUCAGGCAAUUGAUCUGUUGGAUAAUGUGAUCUCUAAAUAUUUCAUUGAUUCCCCUCGACAAAGAGUUUCAGACGUACUAUUGGCCAAAUUUAGAUUAAAUGAUAUGAAAAAUCCUAAUGAGAUUAUCACAUUUCAACUUACCAAGUAUUUAAUUACAAUUAGUAGUAAGUUCCCGAGCGCUGUUCACAAUUGUUUAGGUUUGUUUGAGCGUUAUUUGGCAGAAGUGAAAAAUUUGUACAUAGCCAAACCAUCCAGUAUAUUUUCCCUAUUAGGGUUAAUGAAUGCUUUCAUUGAAGAUAAUUCUUCUCUGGAGUUAUCCUCCUUCAUGUGGAAAAAUUUAUCCACUUUAUUUACACAGGAAGAAUUCUUGUCUCAGAUUGAAACCAACCUAGCAUCUUCUCCUUCAUUCAUGAAUGAUUCAAUUGUUCAAUAUUUUGAUGCAGGAUACGAAAUAUCUGGUCCACUUUUUAUUAAUCUGCUAUCUAAAAUGCAAGUUAGUUUGGCCUGUAGAGUACUUGGAAUCCCGUACAAACAAGAGUCCUUAAUGAAUUACUUGGUUGAACAACAAGUCACGUUCUUCAAGAAUCAAGCAAAUUUAUCAAAUUCCAGUAAAAGACUUACUCUCCCUGGUCAUGUUUUAAAGGAUGUAGAGAGAUCCAAACCUUUACUCCAGGAAAUUUGUAAGUUUAUCCUAAGUUAUUCUCUAUCUAUGGAAGAGUCAUCAUUUGAAAUGUCUGAUGACUCAAGAGCUAAAUUCGCAUUUGAUACUAGAGCAUAUUUCAUUCAGUUUCUCUGUUUGACCCCAUAUCUCCAAAAUUCGAACCUUAUGGGGGACUACGUUGAUUUAUUGGGAUUGUGUAUGGAUCGUUAUUUUCUAUCAGAUACAAUAACACCUCAAUUUGUCAGUAGCAUUGUCACUGCUGCGUCACUGCUUAACUUCUUGACUGAAGAAUUAUCAGAAGCCUUACUUCGCUCUCUACCUUUAUUAGUCGGCUCAGAGCAUAUGAAACCAGCAAACAUCAAAAGCAUUUGCGAAACAUUCAGUAUCGGUUUAUUACCUCUGAAUGAAGAUUCAAUUGUUAGUACAAUUUAUUCUAUCAAUAAUUUAUUGACGAAUGUUAACGAUAAGUUCAGCAAUAAUCUUCUUAAAGAACGUCAACUGACUGUAACCUCAGGGAACUCUUUCAGAUUUGAUGACAUACCUAGAUCAAACUCAUUUGAUGCGUUAAGACAAUUAAAAAAUCAAAUUACAAAUACAUCAAGUAACGAUAAACCAGAUAAAAAAUCCGAAGUGAAAUACCAAAAGGGCCUAUUCGAGAAUUGUGUUACGGCAACGACCACUAUUGCCUCCAAUUAUGACAACCACACUAUUACUAAUCUAACGAUAACAAUCCUUACCCAAAAGGUAGGUGUGAUCAGUGACGAUUUGGAUGAAGUUGUCCUUAAGGCAUUAGCAGAUAUUACUCCAUGUUGUACAACUAGUCAAUUUUCUAUGAUUCUGAAAUUUUUUCGAUCUAUCGAUGCUAUUGCUACAAAAAAUGAUAAUCAUAAGUUGAUAGAUGCUAUUAAAAUAUCAAAGAAUGUCAUGUCUUCCAAAUUAUUGGCAUCAAAGUCAUUUGAAGACGAAAUUUAUAAGAUGUACUUGAUCGAUCUACUAGAUAGCAUCAUUUCCAGUGGUGAAGUUGAGAAACCUGAACAUCAUAGACCUCAUACAGAAAUUUCUCUUGUGGCAGAUCAAAUUGCGGGGUACUUGCGACCAUUGGCUACAUUACUUCCUAAGCCAGGUAAAAAGCCGAUCAAUCUAAGUACAGACGAAGCAUUAACUAACAUGUUCAGAAAUGUCUGGUUUAAUAUGGUUGUCCAUGGAUUCUUCUAUGAUUCAGACAUUGUAAAAACUAACUAUGAUGCACUUUUGACUAUUGCAUUUAACAGUCCACCACUUGCGUCAAACUUUCCAGCAAAUAAUAAAGAAAUGUCGUUAGAUAUGAACACAAUUUUACGUAGAGGUUCAUCCAAUUCGAAUAUCAAACAACAAAAACAAAUUAUUUCGCGAUAUAUGAACGCAAAUGCUGUUCAGCAACGUGCAUUUUCCAAUUCUAAAGUUAUGUUUCUAGCAGCUACAAUCCUUUUGGAAACUGUUAGGUGCGAGGCUGGUGAUUGUUCUAAAAUUUUAUUAUAUCUUACUGAUCCUUCUAUUGGGUCGAGUAAUAUUGACAAGUCAAUAAUAUCUAUGUCAAUUGAUAUGGUAAAUAAAUUUGUGAAGUUAACAGAAGUUGGGAACCUUCAGCUGUUCAACUCUAAAUCUAUUGCAUCUCAAUUAAAUGAUAUAUUUCUGUGUAUGGCAGAUAAGAAUACAUUAUUGCAAGAUGCAUCAUUCCAAUGUUGUGAUUUAUUUAUCAAAUCUAUUCCAUCUUCCCUAUGUCACCACAACUCAUUAUAUACUUUGUUGGAUCUACUGACUACACUCUUCGAUAGUGUUGUCGACUGUCAAACAAAUAAAUUUGAUGUGACAUAUGAAUUUUAUUUAAACCAUUCCCAAAGAAAAAUACUAAUACCUGGCUCGAAAUCUUGGAGAACUUCCACCCUCUCUGGGUUACGGAAAGCUGCUAAAGAUUGGUUGAGAUUUUUACUAAACUGUGCUAACCAAGAUACUAAAAUUUUGUUACAAUCUUAUGUAUCUGAUAUUGGGCAAUCAAGAAAAACAAACCAGGUGGAAUACGGUGUUUCAUUUGCGAUAGAGAUGGCUGGACUCAUUAUUCCUGCUGAUAAAGAAUUGUACAGAAUUUCAUAUAAGGGAUCGAAUAGACCAAAUACAAUUUCAUCUUUUAUAGCCCAACAUUCUUGGAGAUCUAAAUUUCUGGUGGAUACAGCUAUUGCGUCAUCGAAGGAAGAUAUUUCAAGAUCACUGGAUGAGCAAGUGGUUUCCAUUAGACAGAAAAUUGAUAACGGUGUUAAAAUUUCUAUCAAAGAAAUUACAGACUUUUUAGAUAUGUCAGCAGCACUACUCAUAUUAAGUACCGCGAAAGCAGGUUCGAUUAUUUCAGAUAUUGUACAUGUUCCUUUCGAAAUUUUUUCCUCUGACGCCUUCGAAAUUGCUACCAAUGUUUGGUUGACAGUAAUUAAAGAAAGACCAGAUAUGGCACAUAUUUUGUUAUCAGAGGUCGCUUUCUGUUGGAUGAACUCUAUUGAUGCUGGACAGGGUCUAUAUUCCCAAGAAUUUGACGUAGUUCCUACCGAUAAUCAGAUGAUGGAAUAUUCACCUUACAACAAAAAGGGAAUUGAUAGGUCCGCUAAAUUAGCUGCUGACUCGUUGAAACCGCAUAGAUAUAUUGUUAAAUUUUUUUCAUCUCAUUUUGAAGGUACACGAUUUGAGAGUAAAUCUCUUUUGAGAAUAUUUACAAGAACAGUGGAAUAUGGUCUCUCCAGAUUAAAUAAAGCCUCAUGUCAUCCAUUUGCGCGUAUGAUUCGUAAUGAAUUUUUGGUAUUUGGCUUAGCCAUUUUAAAGGCAAAUCAAAAACAAAAUACAAUACAUGUCAUUCAUUUAUGUCAUUCAAUAGUUGAUGCGGCUCUUUCAUGGUUUAUCGCUUUACCUACGUGGCCAUUUGGUUCCAACGAACUAAAAAAUAAUGCAGACUUAACUGUUUUAUUAGAACUUUACAAGAAGGCAGAUGAACUUUCAGGCUUAUUGAAACGUACCUGUGGUAAGGAAUUUGAGUUACUGAAAUACUUCUUGGCGAAUGAAAUUCAGAUCAUUGAAACAUGGCUAGCACCAUUGGCAAAAAUUGAGGGUGCUAAUAAAAAUGAUCCAUCAGAAAUAUUAGUCACCGUUGCAUUUAACAAGAAUCCAUCAUUAGCGGUUAACUUAGUGAAAAGAUAUCCAAAGGAUAAAUUGACCAGAGUUUUGGAAACAUUGGUAGCAAAGGAUCCUUUAUCAUGUGUUGGUAUACCUGAAGCACUGGAUAUUUACCUGGAUACAGCAUUUACAAAGAAGGAUUUACAUCCAAUUGUUUAUUGGACACCAGUUAGUCCGUUGAAAUCAAUCGGCCUAUUCUUACAGAAGUGGAACAAAAACGAAUUUAUUUUACAGUAUGGUAUUUACUCCCUGGAGUCACAUGAUGUUAACGUUACAUUCUUUUACGUUCCUCAAAUCGUACAGUGUUUAAGAUAUGAUCAUACUGAUUACGUUGAAAAAUUAAUAUUAGACACUGCAAAGAUUAGUGUUUUAUUUUCUCACCAAAUUAUCUGGAAUAUGUUAGCAAAUUGUUACAUUGGUGAUGAUGGAUUGGUGGAAGAUGCUAUUAAGCCGACAUUGGAUCGUGUGCGUGAGAAGAUGGUCAAAACAUUUUCGAAAAAACAUUACGAAUUUUAUAAAGAAGAAUUUGGAUUCUUUAGUGAUGUCACCUCAAUUUCAGGGAAGUUGAAACCGUAUAUUAAGAAAAGUAAAGCAGAAAAGAAGCAAAAAAUUGAUGAGGAAAUGAAGAAGAUUAUAGUUAGGCCAGGUGCAUACUUACCUUCUAACCCAGAUGGCAUUGUUAUUGAUAUCAACCGUACUAGUGGUAAACCAUUACAAUCUCAUGCCAAAGCACCUUUUAUGGCUACUUUUAAAAUAAAGAAAACUAUUGAAGAUCCGAACACUGGGGACGCUAUGGAAGUUGAAAAAUGGCAAGCAGCUAUUUUCAAGGUUGGUGAUGAUUGUAGACAAGAUGUCUUAGCCCUACAGUUAAUAUCUAUAUUCAGAACAAUUUGGUCGGCCAUCGGUCUAGAUGUUUAUGUGUUCCCAUACCGUGUCACUGCUACAGCCCCUGGUUGUGGUGUAAUUGAUGUGUUACCUAAUUCUGUAUCUAGAGAUAUGUUAGGUCGUGAAGCUGUUAAUGGGUUAUAUGAAUAUUUUAUUAGUAAAUUUGGUGAUGAGAAUACAAUUGAAUUUCAACGUGCAAGAAACAAUUUCGUUAAAUCACUUGCUGGUUAUAGCGUUAUUUCAUAUUUAUUACAAUUCAAGGACAGACAUAAUGGUAACAUUAUGUAUGAUGAUCAAGGUCAUUGUUUGCAUAUUGAUUUUGGAUUUAUUUUUGAUAUUGUCCCCGGUGGGGUCAAAUUUGAGGCUGUUCCGUUUAAAUUAACUAAAGAAAUGGUAAGGGUUAUGGGUGGUUCUGACGAGACACCAGCUUACCAUGCUUUUGAAGAAUUGUGUAUCAAAGCAUACAUGGCUGCUAGACCACACAUGGAUUCUAUCAUAGAAUGUAUUGAACCAAUGUUAGGUAGUGGAUUACCAUGCUUCAAAGGCGGUAAGACGAUUAAGAAUCUGGAGGCAAGAUUCCAACCUCAAAGGACAGAUCAUGAGGCUGCCAUGUAUAUGAAGGGUCUUAUUAAGAAGAGUUUUGAAAGUGUAUUUACCAAGGGUUAUGAUGAAUUCCAAAGAAUAACUAAUGGUAUUCCUUACUGA